GCCGCGCGCGCGGGGGGGGAGGGGCCGGGAGCAGCGAGUUCUUCGAGGUCCCACUCUGCGUUAUGGACUAAACAUCUGCCCCGUUGCAUUGGAAAGAAGUCUGCCGCAUUUACAGACACACGUCUUCUUUCGUUGCUAUCAAGAGCCCCCGAACAAAUCUUCCAUAACAGUUUAAAUGAGUCAUAAUGGAUCAGGAAAGUGGGGGUGACAUCCAGAAAGCCCCCAACUUCCAGUGGAGAAGCUACAAGCUCGUCAUUGACCCGGCGCUGCGGCGUGCCCCGCAGAAAGUCUACCGCUACGAUGGAGUCCACUUCAGCGCCCCUGAUUCAGGAUAUCCUCCUGUGGGUGAUGUACGAGACCCCCGGCCGCGCAGGAUAUGGUCCAAGCACAGAGAACUGUCGCUCCCUGUUCCUAAGUUCAAGCUGGAUGAGUUCUACAUCGGGCAGAUCCCGCUGAAGGAGGUGACCUUCGCCCGGCUGAAUGACAACAUCAAGGAGCCCUUCCUGGCUGAGAUGUGCAAGAAGUACGGGGAGAUCGAGGAGAUCGAGAUUCUCUACAACCCCAAGAACCGCAAGCACCUGGGCCUGGCCAAGGUGCUUUUCACCAGCACCCGCGGAGCCAAGGAAACCGUCAAGAACCUGCAUAACACCUCGGUCAUGGGCAACAUCAUCCACGCCCAGCUGGACAUCAAAGGACAGCAGCGGAUGAAGUACUAUGAGCUGAUCGUCAACGGCUCCUACACCCCUCAGACUGUGCCCACCGGGGGCAAAUCUCUGAGCGAGAAAUUCCCAGCACCUGUGGCCCAGGCUGAGACGUCAGAGUCCCGACGGCGCCAAUCCACCGACUCCUCCUACUCAGGCAGCACUGUGGGUUCGACGCCUGGCAAUGGGACCCCUUGCUCUCAGGACACCCCAUACUCCAGUGCUCGCCAGGAUACCCCCUCGUUCUAUGGUCAGUUUACCCCCCAGUCGUCCCAGGGGACCCCGCACACCCCCCGAGGAGGAACGCCGUAUUCCCAAGACUCGGCCUACUCCAGCAGGCAAGGCACGCCCAGCUACUCCAGCUAUCACCCGGAGCCGACCUCCUACAAGUCCCGCAGGCAUGAGAACAGCUACCCGGAGUCGUACUCCCGCCGGCACUACUCUUCCUCCUCCUCCUCCUCCUCUUCCGCCACGGCUGCCGCCACCACCGCCUCCUCCUCGCACUACCGCCCCAAUGACCCCCACUACUCACCCUACAACCAGCCGUUCGAGGGGGCAGGCGGGCGCUACCAGCGCCGCCACUCCUCGGAGGGACGCUCUGCCUCCCACCACUCCUCCUCUUCCUCCGCCCACCGCUCCCACCAAAGAGAGGACUCCAGUUACCACUCCCGGCACCGGGAGCGGCCCCAGCGGGACGAUCCCACCCCUGCUUCCUCCUCUUCCUCUUCUUCCUCCUCCUCUUCCUCUUCUUCCUCCUCCUCCUCCUCCUCCUCUUCCUCCUCCACGGCAGCUUCUUACCCCGUGGCUCCAGCCACGCCGGACGGGACCCUCUUCCAGAACAGCCACAGCUUCGGCCAGCAAGGGGAGCCCUUCGCAGCCCCCGGUACUAUCUACCCUCCCUACCCGGCCCCCCCAGAGCCCUUCCCGCUACCCCCGGAGCCACACCCCUGUGAUCAGGAUUACCGGCUGCUGCCCACGGCCGAGACCUUCGCUGCCAACUCCCUGCCCCCCACGGAAUUUCUGGCUCAGGAAAGCAAGGAAGAGCCCAGCCCCGCAGCUGCCAGCACCGAAGAUCAGGCCCAGUCGCCAGCGCCCCAGGCUUCGCCGGCCCGUUUGGGCUCCCCGGCGCCGGAGACCACCAAUGAGAGCGUCCCGUUUGCCCAGCACAGCAGCCUGGACUCGCGCAUUGAGAUGCUGCUGAAGGAGCAAAGAUCCAAGUUCUCCUUCCUCAAUUCAGACACGGAGGAAGAGGAGGAGGAAGGGGGCAAGGCGGGGGCCAAGGGGGCAGAACCGCAUGGGCCCUGCACCCCGCCCCCACCCCUGCCCAUCAGCUUUGAGGAUGUGGUGCCAGCUCCGGACGCCGGGGUAGAGUCGCCCAAGGCCAACGGGCAGGACAGGGCCUCCCAGCAGUCAUCGGGCGAGGACAUGGAGAUCUCGGAGGAGGAGGCGGAGGAUGAGCCCACGGGGUCGGCGCCUGCUGAUCCACACUUCCCGGUGUUGCCUGCAGGCCUUGGCCACCUCCCACUGGGUGUCUCGGCCUUUGCCCACCCGCCGGAGCCACCCUCUGCCUACCCACUGCAGCCACUCAUGUCAGUGUCCCUGCCCCACCUGACAGGCGAGGCCGACUACUCCCAGGCCCCGCCACCCCACCACCUGCAGGCGCCGGGCCUUCCGGACUACGGGGCGCAGGCAGGCGCGGCAGGCACAGGACCCGGGGCGGCUGCUCCCCCCCACAUCUAUGACUUCGUUAACUCCUUGGAGCUGAUGAACCGGCUGGGCAACCAGUGGGGUGGGAUGCCCAUGUCCUUCCAGAUGCAGACCCAGAUGCUGAGCCGGCUGCACCAGCUGCGCCAAGGCAAGGGGCAGUACGAAGAGCCCUUCCCCUACCAUCAGGAGGCAGCAUUCGCCAGCCACCCACUCUACGGGCACUACCUGCUGGAUCAGGACAGCCGCCACUUCCCGAGAGACCAGCUUUUCCUGCAGCAGCCGGCCAGCACCGAGGAGCCACCACCCGGCUCGGAGCAGCCCCCGCCUCCGCCGCCCCCCUCACAACCGCAGCGGCUGCUGGACUACCGGGCAGCGACGUGGGGCUACCAGGAGGAGGCGCCCUGCGACCCACAUGCCUCCACUGUGGACAGUGUCCUGGCUACCCUAACGCAGGAGAUGAAGAGCAUCAUGCAGCGUGACCUCAACCGCAAGAUGGUGGAGAAUGUGGCCUUCAGCACCUUCGACAAGUGGUGGGAGCGCAAGGAGCAGAAGGCCAAGCCCUUCCAGAACGCAGCCAAGCAACAGGCCAAGGAGGAGGAGAAGGAGAAAACCAAACUCAAAGAUCCGGCCCUGCUGUCCUUGGUCGACUGGGCCAAGAGCGGCGGCACCGUGAGCCUCGAGGGCUUCAGCUUCGGAACCGGCCUCCGUGGGGCACUCAGGCUCCCGUCCUUCAAGGUGAAAAGGAAAGAGCCUUCUGAGAUCUCGGAGAGCAGUGAAGAGACGCGACCCCGGCCUUCCACUCCCGCAGAGGAGGAGGAGGAUGACAAGGAGGCUGCUCAAGGACCAAAGGGAUCCAAGCGGGACGAAGAGUGGAUCAAGGGGCCGGGCAAGCGCCGGAAGCUCUUCUGCCUGGACAGCGAAGGGGAAGAGACGUCUGAAGAGUCGUCCUCGGAGAAGGAGGAGGAAGAGGACGAGCAGGAGGAAGAGGAGGAUGCAGCACACAGCGACAAGGAAGAGGAAUCAGAAGAAGCAGCAGAGAGCGAGGACUCCUCUAUAUACUCCCUCUACGAGGAAUCGGACGAGGACAGCGACAGUGCUUCGGACUCCGAGAGCAGCUCGUCCUCUUCCUCCUCCUCCUCGGACGAAGCUGAGAGCGUGGAGGGGACAGCUGAGGACACCAUGGAUGAGUCCACCAUGGACAGCUGCCCCGUGGAGCCAGCAGGGAAGGAGAGCAAAGCAGAGUCCUUGGUGGGCACGGAACUGGAGAAGGUCAAAGAGGCCGCGCUAGAGCCCGCAGCGGAGCAGAAAGCCGCCCCCCCAGAGGAGCGUGAGGCUGAGCUGGCUCCCCGCCCCUCCUCGCCCAUCCCCCUCCUGCCACCCCCCAAGAAGCGCCGGAAAACAGUCUCCUUCUCAGCCCCCAGCGAGGAGGAGGUGGCCAAGGCAGGGGCAGAGAAGGUGGCCGAAGCAGCCCCGUCCCCUCUUCCCCUUCCUCCCCUGCCCCCACCCCCUGCCAAGGAGCUAGCGCCUCCCGCAGUAGUGCCUGUGGAACCCGCCUCGCCGAUGCCCCAAGUGCCCUUAGUGCAGGACACCCCCCGCCCUGCCACGCCGCCCCCUGCCCCCAAGCCUCCCUUCAGUGGGGGGCGUAAGCGGGAGCCCCCCAAAGCCAGCCAAAGAACCAUCAGCAACCUGCCGGCCGACCACGCCUCGCUGGUGAAGUGCUGGGCUGAGGAACCGUCCGCCGGCAGCGGACGCCGUCGCUCCCGUUCCCGCUCCUCAGAGCCCCCACGCCCCCUAGCCAGCGGGGAGGCCGAGCGGCUGCGGCUACGGGAGCAGCUGGGCGCCUCGUCCCUCCUGGAGCUGGCCAACCAGCCCGAGGCGGGCGGCGUGGACCUAGCCGUGCUGGCAGACAUCGCCCUGAAGAUGCCCAUUGGCCGCGCCAAAGAGGAGGCCGAGGAUUCGGAGGGCACGGAGACAUCAGAUGAGGCGGAGGAGCAGUCGCCCCCCCGUGCCCUGCCUGCACCCCGAGACAACAGCAUCCUCCUGGAGCACAACUACGCCAUGGCUGUGAAAGUGGCGCCGCCAGCUCCCCGGAGAGCAGCCAAGGCCGAGGAGGAGGCCCUGGGCCCAGCUGAGCUGCUGCGGGUGGAUCUCUUUGGCGGGCACGUUGGGGAGGUGCUGGAGGCGCCGGAGGAGGUGGUGGCGGAGGCCAGCGAGGCCAAGGCUGAGCCAGAGGUGGGUGCCCUCCUGGCACUGGCUGGGGAGGAGCGGGCCAGGAGGAAGCGACACCGAGACGCAGAGGAAGCACCGGACUCCCCGGCUUCGGAGCCCUGCCCCUCGGAGAGCGAAGAGGAGGAGGAGGAGAGCGAGGACGCUGAUGCCGGUGAGACGCGCCGGCGGACGCUGCGCUCCCACUCGCACAAGCCCUGGCCCCAGCCCCUCCCCUCCUUUGAGACCCGCAGCGAGUUCGAGCAGAUGACCAUCCUCUACGACAUCUGGAACUCGGGCCUGGACGUGGAGGACAUGCACUACCUGAAACUCACCUACGAGCGCCUGCUGCAGGAGGACAACAGCACCGACUGGCUCAACGACACCCACUGGGUGCACCACACCAUCACCAACAUCGCCAACCCCAAACGGAAGCGGAAGUCGUCGGACCUGCGGGAGCACCAGACUGGCUGUGCCCGCAGCGAAGGCUACUACCACAUCAGCAAAAAGGAGAAGGACAAAUAUCUUGACGUGUGUCCUGUGACGGCACAGGAGCUGGAGGUGAUGGACACCCAGGGCACCAACCGCAUCCUUUCGGAGCGGAGGUCGGAGCAGCGGCGCCUGCUCAGCGCCAUCGGCUCCUCCGCCAUCCUGGACAGCGACUUGCUGAAGCUCAAUCAGCUCAAGUUCCGUAAGAAGAAGCUGCGGUUUGGCCGGAGCCGUAUCCACGAGUGGGGCCUGUUCGCCAUGGAGCCGAUCGCUGCCGAUGAGAUGGUGAUUGAGUAUGUGGGGCAGAACAUCCGGCAGGUGGUGGCCGACAUGCGGGAGAAGCGCUACGUGCAGGAGGGCAUUGGCAGCAGCUACCUGUUCCGCGUCGACCACGACACCAUCAUCGACGCCACCAAGUGCGGCAACCUGGCCCGCUUCAUCAACCACUGCUGCACGCCCAACUGCUACGCCAAAGUGAUCACCAUAGAGGCUCAGAAAAAGAUCGUCAUCUAUUCCAAGCAGCCCAUCAGCGUCAACGAGGAGAUCACCUACGACUACAAGUUCCCCAUCGAGGAGAACAAGAUUCCCUGCCUGUGCGGCACAGAGAACUGCCGCGGCACCCUGAACUGAGAGCCGUAUUUAUUGUGUUCCCUGCCCCAUCCUCCGGCGCCUUAAGAGCUCCACGUGGCCUGGUAAUGGGGCCCGCGGCCAGUCGGUUCUCUGCCAGGAUCCGCCCUCCUCCCGGGGAAGCCAGGUCCGGAUUCAGGUUGCCUUUAGUGACCCCACCCCCUUGCGGAUUGGCUCCAGAGCCAGCGUUCACAACGUUUCGGCAUGAGCUGAGUUGGAAGCAGCUUUCCCCAGGCAAGACUCGUUCCUUCCCCGCCCAUGACUCCCAGCAUGCAGCUCUGCUUAGGACCAGGGGCGCUUGACCCAAAUCCCCAGGAUGCUUUGGGGGCAGCGGAGCAGAGUGCAUGCUGGGAGCGGAGCUACCCUCUUUCCAUCACAGUUGGGAGUUUUGCUUUGCAUUUAUAUUCCCUGCCUCUGAAGAGGAAUUCGGGUCCUUGCCUGCAGGACCCCUCCCUUCUCCCCUGUCCUCCUGCUUGAUGGACACCUGUCGCCACCCAGUUGUCAGGGGAAGGGAGCUGAGCAUGAUGGGAAAUGCCAUGGUCUUGCCAUUGGCGUGACCAUAGUACACAAGCAGCUGAAAGCCCCCGUAAUGUAUCUAAUCACCCAAGGAGUCGGAGUCCAAAGCAUUAGAGCCUGAAGCAGACUCUUCCUGUCCCUCCAUCUGUUGUCCCUGCUGCUCUUCCCACCCGCACCAGGUAGUUCCCGAGCGCCCUCUACGGCGGGGGAGGAUCUGUUUAGCAUGGUCGGGUUUUUACUGUUCUGUUCCCCCUCUCAUCAGUUUUGUAACAGGUGCCACGCCUGAUUCACUCCACUAUGAACACAGCCUCCACCCUUUGAUUACAGUGCCUCGCAAAGUCCCGCACUCCUUUAGCAUUAAUGCCCUGAUAUUUCUGUGGAGAAAUCUUUCCCUCUGGACAAAACAAAACAAUACCCAGUCCCCUCUCAAAUAUAACAGAACCAAUCAGAUCACUUCAUCUCCGUAUCCUGCUGCCAAUCAGUGUGUGCCCCUCCCUCCCCCCCGACAUAUUAAAAAUUAAAAUAAAAACACAAAUAGAUAAUAAUAAAGGGGCUGGAUUCUCCUCUCGCUCACCCUGGUGUCGCUCGGGCAGAACGUAUCUCCAGUGUAAGCCGAGACCAGAAUCAAGACCCCCUGUUAAUUUUUCUUUAGGAGAAGAAAGUUGUGUAUAUAUUCCAGAUGGACUGGCUGUUUCUUGUAGAAACACACAAAAGUUAUUGGUAUGUAAAUAUUCUUUUUAUUAUUUUUUCCCCUCUUCCGACUAAAAAAGAAAAAAAUGGUUGUAAAUAACAGCUAUCUUUUUUUCCUCUCGCCCCAAUUUAAUUUCCUUCGAUGCGAAGUUUGCUUUAUUAUCCCUGGGAUGAAAACAGAAAGCCCUUUAUGGAUGGGCACUGGAGAAAAUAUAGUUUGUUGAGUUGCUUUUUUUAACGGGAGUCGGUUCUGAAAGACAGGAAAACAGGAAAUCUGGCUUGUGGAUAUGGUGCCAAUCUUGCCCCAACUUUUGUGGUGGUGUUUGUGAGUCUCAACCUGACGCUGGUUGGGAUGGUGGCUUUGUUUUCAAAAGAUGAACGCUCCUCCCCGGUGGAUUUUGUCAAGGUGGCUGGACUGUCUGGGGUCCAAUCUAUGAGAUGUUGAUUUGCCCUCAACUGUGUUUUGAUGGGAUUUUGUUUGGGAAGGCAGUUAAAUUCCUGUCCCUGUUUCUGAGCUUUGGGCUGUUCUGUGCUAAAGCGUAGAUCACCAAAUCUUGUUUGUUGUUGCAUCUGCCUUUUCAAGGUUUGGAUUAUCCACACCUACACUUCCAUCCCCAAAUUCUCUUCUCGUUUAGUUUUGCGUUCACCUCAGAUUAUCCAUGUAUCCAUCCGCAAAUUCUCUUCUCUCAUCCACAGGGCCGAUCUAGAUGCCAAUACAUUGCCCUUCCUAUACGGGACUCCGAGGUGUAAAGCCAGAGCUGAGAUCGACAACCAAAUUGUCACCCUUAGCGCUGUUCUCCUUUGCCAGCCAAGUAUCCGCUUUUCCAAAAUGGCUAGUGAUUUUUGGGGUGGCUAGCUCGAGAUUCCACACAAAUAUCUGGCUUCCAGGGGGCAGAUAGUCACCAUUUCCUGAAAGUCAGGCCCCUUUCAGGUGUCCGUGUGGGCACCCCAGAAAUAGCAGUGUCUGAAGAAUCAAGGUUGUUCUUUCCUCAAGUCUGCUUCAAAAGCUUUUUGUCUUGAGCUCAAAUCUUUUUCCUGGUGACCGUCAGAAGAAGGCCUCAACAUCUCAUGAGAUUGAACCGCUGAACCUUGGCUGUUGGAAACCUUUCUGGCUUUGAUUGGAAACUGCUUUGCCUCUGCCAUCAUGUCACCGUGCUGGGAAAACACAGCUGUCAGUGGCUGUGGCUGUCCCUCGGAGAGUUUUUAGCAAAUGAAAUUGAACUGGGUAACGGUUCAUCUGAGAUGGGCAGUGGGAGAAUCUUGGAGUAAAUCCAGAGUGACUCCACUGAGUUCUGCAGGGCUAUGGCCAAAUUCAGAUCCCAGUUACACCAGUCUGAACCUGGAGAGACUCCAUUAAAGUCACUCCAGAUUUCCUCAGGUGUAACCAACUUUUGUUGGAAUCAGUGGAAUCGAUUGCAGAUUCACACUGGCAUCAACAGAUUCACUCUGGAUUUACUCCUGGAGCAGAAUCUGCCCCUUCCUGUAGAGUGACAUUUGUGACCAAUUUAUUUCUCGCUGAAUCGUAACUGAGUGUCUCUUGUCCAAACUCCGCCCCGUGCACGGUGAAGACAUCUAAACCUGCCGUCCCCCCUGCAACUCGCUAGAUAGAAAUACACCAGCCAUGGGCUAUAGACUCGAACCUCUUAACCCACGGAAACUGGCAGUUUCCUCUGUGUAUUAUUUAAUUCAACUUUAAUACAGUGCACAACUUUUCCUCCCAAUGAGAUCAUCUUGGACAUCAAUUUUCCCUCUUGGGCGUGUAGGAGACUAGAAGGAAAGGCUUGUUUUUAAAACGUUACACUCAAGCGCCAAUGAAACUCAUGUUUCUGAUGUGUCCCCUCUUUCGAGCGGGCUCUAAGCUAGGAAGCAAUCUCUGUAGUGCCUGCGAUACGGGGCAUUUAACAUGUGCCUAACAACUCAGAACUCCCCCAAUUUGAAGCUGGUUUACCGAUUUUUAAACCCACCAGCCCCUUGUUUGGUUUUUUUUUAACCGUUUCUGUCUGCAAUGGGUUUGUAACUUGCCUCAUUUUCUCAGCAUUGUUUUUAAUCUCUGGGCUCGCUUUUAGCUUUUGGUGUCAGAGCAAAUGUUUUUGCCACUCCGGCUCCGCACAGGUGUGGGGAGAAUGGGGACCUCCUGUCAGCUCAGAAAGCAAGAUUUCAGGCCCUUGCUCUGGAAUAUGCAUAUUAGCCAAGGCUUUUAGGCUAGUCUCUCAAGCUUUUCAAAGCUCCCGUGGUCACUUAGAGACGCACAGGUCCAGAUCCUCGACGGUUUAUAGAUGUCUAACUCCGUUGACUUCAGUGGGUGUGGGCCACAGCUCCUGUUUCUCGUUGGAUCUCGGCGAUCCCUGCAUCUCUCCAAAGCAGACCACGAGAUUGAGCUUCAGUGACUGGUUUCUAAAUGGCCCUGCGUGGAAAGACAACCCGGCACUGAGGAGUCGGCUUUUGAAAAAUCACAGCUUCACCUUUUGCUCCACAGCUCAUCCAGGAGGGAGAAAAUCAAUUUCAAAGCCCAUCUACUAUGGGGAAUAUCUGUCCUGGUAGCUGCCCAUUCAGAUCUCUGCCAGGCGUGAAUCACCCUGUCAUCUGACCCCACCAACUGAUUUUUUUUCUUUUUGUUUAGUCAACACCUCUUCUUGAUUUAAUUCCAAAGCCACGAACUCUUCCCCUCUUAACUCGCCAGCCACCCCCCAUGAAUGGAAAGUGAUGCCAGCCCAUCGGACGGACGUUGAUUUAAGAGUCAACCAGGCCUGUGUCUUGUCUGCAUCCCGACGUGUCUCAGACCUCGCCCGUUUCCGUUGGAACUCACCAACCUUACGUUCAGCAAUCGCAUUAAGUAGGUCUCUUAAACAGACGCCUGUCGUCUGAGAUUUCCUUCCCUUCUGCCUUUGAGGGUUUGGAUCUCUUGGGUAUGGGAGGCUUUGGGAGCUCUCUUCUCCCGUCUCAGCUGAACCGUCGCUUUCUUGGAAAGAAACCCCAAAGAAGGAAUCCUGCUCCAGGUGGGGGCACAGAGAGUAGCCAGAACUAGACAUGGACGCAAAGCAGUUUCCAAUUAUCUCUGUCCAAGCGUCUGAGCCGAGAGAAACCAGAUCAGAAACUCAGAUGGGAGAAAAGAUUACCCCCUACCUCGGUAUCAGACAAAACCCCACUCAGAACCGACUCCCAGAGCUCUAGGGUAGGUCAAAAAACACCCCCCAAAAGUUCCCCCUCUCUCCGUGGGUGUUGUCAAAGAUCUCUCUAGCUGGGGGAGCUGAACGGCUCAGAGAGUGAAGAAAACAGACACAUUCCCCUACCCCUUCUUCACCAAAGUACGAGCGAUCUCCCUCCGCUCUCUCUUUAAUUUGCUGUCCUCGGUUUCCUACUGUACAUAUGUUAAUACGUUGUGGAUUCAAUACUUGGUGCCAGACAAGCACAUUUUUAUAAAUGUCAUUAAACUUU